UUAGUUUUAGUAUUUAAUUAAUCGAUAAAAGUAUUUACAACCGAAAUGUCAGUACAUUUGUGGCCGAAAUUGUUGUCCACAAACAAGUGGCCGAAGAAUACAGUGAUUUACACAAAUGUCUGCAAAUAUCACACAAUAUAUCAAUCAUUUGAUUACAUUAAUUACCGUAAAAGACAUUUACUUUUAAUGGCUUAUAAUUGUCGACAUUUUUGUCACACAAAAGAUAGCAAACAAUUAUCACCGAUAAAACAGAUGACUGCAACCGACAAGAGACCGAUCGUAAGGGAUGACAUACCGGUCAUCAAAGACUGGCGAAGAGCUAAACCAAGAAAUCCUUUUGUGGCCAUUGUUUUAAAGAAACCAUUUGAACUCAUUGAAUGGUACGAAAAGACUCCGAUUGAUAGGCGAAGAAAUAUAUACAUCUCAUCGAUGUUGAAGUACUUGAUUUACCCGACAAUAAUAGUCAACGUUUUUCUCAUUAAUUAUAUAUUCUUUAAGACCGACGAGAAUCCUAUUACCGGCAGAUCCACGGCUUAUAAUUUGCCAAAAGAAAUGAUGUCUGAAAUAGAGGACGAUAUCUUCAAAGAGAUGUUUAUAAAUAUUACAACGACAUUGCAAUUGUCUGCUCCCGCAACUGAUCCGAUUGUCAAACGAUGUGAUCAAGUGGUCGACCGAUUGGUUGAGGCGAAUAAAGAUCUGCCGGUCAUUGGAGACGGACAUUGGACUGCAAUUGUGGUCAACGACGACAAGUUGUGUGAUGUAAUGGCAUUAAAGGAUUCGAGCAGUUUGUUUAUAUCCCGAAGACUGGUCAAUAUGUGCGAUACCGACGAUGAGUUAGCAUAUGUAAUGUCUCACCAAUUGUCACAUAUUAUGUUGGAUCACACCAGAGAACCGAUGACAUUUACGUCGGUGUUUUCAAUACCUGUGGUCACACUUUUCCCAAUGUUUUGGAUGAUAUUAAUUCUUAUAAUGAUUUGCUUGAAGAAGAGGCCGACCGAAGUGCAAUGCAAAUGAUGACCAGAUCUUGUUUUGAUGUCCGCAAAUGUCGACAAUUUUGCCAAAAAUAUGAACAAUUUGACA